AUGGCGAUAGUGUAUCUCUGUACAAUGAUCACAGUCUGUAAUCCGGAAUACUUGCAGUUUGAGCUGAGCAGUGCAGUCUUUGCCAGACGGGAGAGAGGAUGGUUAUACUUUAUUAUACUUUGUAGUAGUCCAACAUUUGACGCGUUUCACAUUUACUCUUCUUCAGGAAGCACUUGUAUUUUGGGUCAGUGGACUUGUUCUCAAAUUGCCUGCUCUGGAAACUGUACUCUGAAAGGAGGAGCUCACAUGCACACAUACGAUGGCAGAAAAUACUCAUUCCAUGGCAACUGUCAGUAUUUAAUGUCCAAGGAUGAAGGCAAGAAAUUUUCUAUCCUUGCUAAGGUUAUUCAGUGUGGAAUGUAUGAAACUGUAACUUGCCUCAAUGCAGUUUACAUCCAACUGGGAAAGAUGAAAAUAAAAAUCUGUUACUGUGGAAAUGUAUACGUCAACAAUUUUUUGGUCAACUUGCCAAGGGUUAAGGAGAAUAUCACCAUUUACAGAUAUGCAGCUUACUAUAUCUACAUUGUGACAUCGUUUGGUCUUAGUGUGGAAGUCCGGGUGAAACCAGUAUUUCAGCUUUCCAUCUCUGUGAUAUCUGCAUUUCAGAACAAAACUACAGGUCUUUGUGGAAACUUUAAUGGGAAUGAAAAUGAUGACUUUAGGACAUUGGCUGGAGUGGUGGAGACAACCAUUUCAAGUUUCGCCAACUCUUUUAAAGAUGAAGCUUCAUGCCCUGAUGUGCCUACCAUACCUGAUAACCCAUGUGCCAAGAGCACAGAUAAAGGAGAUUAUGCCAAUCACUGGUGCUCUCAACUAAUAAACAAAAUGGGUGUGUUUGCUUCUUGUCACGAUGUGCUGGAUCCCAAAUCAUACUUUGAGCGCUGCAAGUACGAUGUCUGUAACUUGGAAAAAAGUGAGGAGGUAAUGUGUACAUGGCUAGCUGAUUAUGCCAGUGAUUGCAGAAGCCUCAAUGUGUUGUUACCAAAUUGGAGAGACAAUAUAUGUGAUCCAGAAUGUCCUGAAACCAUGGUGUUUUCAUUGAACCCGCGGCACUGUAAUGUUAGCUGCACAUCUUUAGCAGAACCGGACAUUCUUUGCAAUCUGAGAUCACUUUCCAAAGAGGGCUGUACCUGCCUGAAAGGGAUGUACCUGGUAGACAACGAAAAGUGUGUGCUUCCAGAGGAUUGCCCUUGUAGCUACAAGGGAAAAAGUGUCCCAGCCCACCAGACAUACAAAGUAGAUGACAUUCUGUGCAAAUGUAUUCGUGGAAUUCUGGAGUGCCCUAACCAUGAUGUGCCUGAAAAGAGUACUACAUGUAAGAAGAGAACGUGGGCUUGUACCAAUAAGCAUUGCCCAAAGACCUGCACAGUAUAUGGAAAUGGUCAUCUUAUCUCCUUUGAUCAGUCAAGGAAGGAGUUUAGUGGUGACUGUGAUUAUGUCCUAGUUCAGGAUUUCUGUCCAAACAAUCCUGAUAAAGGCAUCUUCCAGGUUAUUCUAAAGACCAUCAUGUGCAUUGGGAGCAAUACAGUGUGCUCAUACAGCAUUAAGGUCACCUUAUUGAACACAAUUAUUGAAAUAUAUGAAGGACAGGUAGAAGAGACCGACAGACAUCAUAAUAAACUAAAAGAUACAUCUUACAGUGUUGGCUUAGUGGGGCAAAAUAUUGUUCUCAAGAAUGAAUACUUGACCAUUUCAUAUGAUCAGAAACUGACAGCUACCGUGGAAGUUACAAACUCAACUGAGGGCAAAAUCUGUGGACUGUGUGGAAAUAAUGAUGGCCAGUCAAACAAUGACUUUACCUCUCCCUGGUCACAAAGCUGUGAAAUUAAGCCUCCACAGCUUGACCCAUGUCAUGAUCGUCCAGAAAGAUUAACCUGGGCUGAAAAACACUGCAACAUAAUCAACAGUGAUGUCUUUGUUCCCUGCCACACAUCGGCAUCUACUACCAGAACAGAUCUUGGCAUCCUGCCAGCCCUCUAUUGUAAACAACCAGAAGGUGUUUUUAAAGCUGUUAGAAUGACUGAAACCGACUUAACGGUGUUUGUUGUGGUAUUUGAUGAAGUUUGA